UUCUUUGCGCCGCUCUACAGCUCAGGAACAAGAAGGUCGCGCAUAACAACGUUGUACAGAGACAGCAAAGAAAGCAAACUGCAAUCAUGCUUGGACAAGCUGUAAGGCGGUUCACCACGUCUGCUAUUCGUUCUUCACACUAUGCUGAAGGACCAGGGAAUAACCUGCCAUUUUCCGUGGACAACAAAUGGCGUCUGUUUGGCAUGAUGCUGGUGUUCUUCGGCAGUGGCUUUGCAUUCCCCUUCAUUGUCGUCAGACAUCAGAUCCUGAAGAAGUAAAAUGGACCAGUUGUAUUACUCAGCCUUGAAGGUCGUCAGCUGGAACAUAUUUAUCCAUCAGAGUGCUAUCCAUGCAGAAGAAUGGGAAUCUAUUAAUUUUCUUUGUAAAUAAAGGUUACUCAAAUAUAUAACAA